UUUUUGUGAGACAAAGACAGAGAGGCCUCGGGUUUUCGUCUCCAAUCACAGCGUCUCCGUCUCUUUGGGGUCAUCUGGACAGCCUUUCUAUUCAGGACACCGCCUCUAUUGUCGCGCACACUCACCCAUCUUCGUACCCCCUCCAAAAACCAGACAACAGACACUUUAGAUACGCGUUACAAGUGACAAGUGACGGCUAAUUUUUAAGCUACACGUCGAACGAGUAGCUACACGUUGGGAGGUUCAGUUUCUCAGCUUGGACUAAAUAAAACAAAAGCUCCUGUUCCGUGUAGCGGGUUCCAGUCAGCAGCUUAGCGCCUCCCUAUGUGUGGAGCGAGUGACAGCUGCGAGUGUGUGUGAGUGUGUGUGUGUGUGUGUGUGUGUGUAUGAGUGUGUAUGUGUGUGCGCGCGCGCUAGUGAAGGAGGCUUCAUCUCCCAAAUAGGAUGAGCAGCCGCUUUGGUGGUGGCACGGCGGAUGAUCCGGACCGCUUGGCUGUUAGUGUUUGGGAGCUUGCUUUGUUCAGUGGCAGUUUGUCUUCGCGGACUGUUUUGCACUGUAGCCGGAUUUGCAAUGGAUAUUCCCGUGUGAAGAAGGAGCGCGCGUGAACACGGCUGAAGUAAAGACAUAGUGAGGAGCCAGUGCAAAAAUGAGGUCAGAGGCCUUGUUGCUGUAUUUCACCCUGCUGCACAUGGCUGGGGCCGCCUUCCCAGAGGACUCGGAGCCAAUCACUAUUUCACAUGGCAACUAUACAAAACAUUACCCAGUGUUUGUUGGACACAGACCAGGAAGGAACAACACACAACGGCACAAAUUGGAUAUUCAGCUGAUCGUCAUAACGAAUCGGACUCUUUAUAUAGCCGCAAGGGAUCACAUAUAUACAGUGGACAUCGAAACAGCCAACACAGAGGAGAUCUUUUUCAACAAGAAACUGACAUGGAAGUCCAGGCAACCUGAUGUGGAUACCUGUAGAAUGAAAGGAAAGCACAAGGAUGAAUGCCAUAAUUUCAUCAAGGUCCUUCUCCAGCAAAAUGAUGAUACCUUGUUUGUGUGUGGGACCAACGCGUUCAACCCUUCUUGUCGAACCUACAAGACGGACACACUGGAUGCGCUUGGGGAGGAGAUUAGUGGAAUGGCCCGGUGCCCGUAUGAUGCCAAGCAUGCCAACGUUGCCCUGUUUGCUGAUGGAAAGUUGUACUCUGCUACGGUCACCGAUUUCCUCGCCAUUGAUGCCGUUAUUUAUCGUAGCCUGGGAGACAGUCCGACCCUUCGCACAGUAAAACACGAUUCAAAAUGGCUGAAAGAGCCCUACUUUGUUCAGGCAGUGGAUUAUGGGGACUUCAUUUACUUUUUCUUUCGAGAAAUCGCUAUGGAAUACAACAGCAUGGGAAAGGUGGUCUUUCCACGAGUGGCCCGUGUGUGUAAGAACGACCGUGGCGGCUCACAGCGUGUGCUGGAGAAACAGUGGACAUCUUUUCUGAAGGCUCGCCUCAAUUGCUCCAUCCCAGGAGAUUCGCACUUCUACUUCAACAUCCUGCAGGCUGUCACUGAUGUUAUCCGCAUCAACGGCCGUGAUGUUGUCAUGGCCACCUUCUCCACGCCAUUUAACAGCAUUCCAGGCUCGGCCGUGUGCGCCUACGACAUGGCGGACAUCGCCACAGCUUUCACUGGCCGUUUCAAAGAGCAGAAGUCACCAGAGUCGACCUGGACGCCCGUACCUGAAGAGAAAGUUCCUAAGCCCAGGCCAGGCUGCUGUGCUGGAACACCAUCAGCAGAGAAGUACAAGGUGUCCAAUGAGUUUCCAGACGACACACUAAACUUCAUCAAGAUGCACCCGUUGAUGGAUGAGGCUGUACCAUCCAUCGCCAACCGGCCCUGGUUUCUCAAGACCAUGGUUCGAUAUCGGCUCACUCGCAUUGCAGUGGAUAACACUGCCGGGCCCUAUCGCAACUACACCAUUGUUUUCCUGGGCUCUGAGAGGGGCAUCAUCCUUAAGUUCCUGGCUAAAAUAAGCAGCGGUUUUCUGAACGACAGCCUCUUCCUGGAGGAGCUGAGCAUCUACAACCCAGAGAAGUGCAGCAUUGAUGGCGUGGAUGACAAGCGCAUCAUCAGCAUGCAGAUCGACAGCAAGAGUCACUCACUCUUCGUGGCAUUCACAUCUUGUGUGGUUAAGGUGCCGCUGUCACGCUGUGAGCGACAUGGGAAGUGCAAAAAGUCCUGUAUCGCCUCCAGGGAUCCGUACUGCGGCUGGGUGUCGGAAGGCGCGUGCCGGGAAAUCACAAGCACAAAAUGGCCGUUCGAGCAGGACGUGGAGCAGGGCAACACAGAUGGACUGGGAGACUGCCAAAAUUCCUUUGUGGCACUAAAUGGCCACUCCACCUCUUCUCUCAGCACUGUGCAGCCCAAAGAUCCCCCUGAACCCACCGAUAAGAGGGACCCUUAUAUCGCAGUGCCCUCUCUAACCCAGCACGAGUCCACCGGCGUGAUUCGUGAGAGCUUCCAGAAGGGCCGUGAUCAGAUGGUGCCCAUCACUCUGCUGGCUGUGGCUGUGGUCCUGGCAUUUAUCAUGGGUGCUAUCUUCUCUGGUAUUGUGGUCUACUGUGUAUGUGACCAUCGUCGGCGCCAUCUCGAGCUCUCUGCACACAAAAAACCCAAGGAGGCUGUGAACUCCAGGCGUGGCUCCAUGAACAGUGUCACCAAGCUGACAGGCCUAUUUGAGACGCAAGCCAAAGAUGGCCGGCCCGAGGCCAUCCUCGCUCCUCUGAUGCACAAUGGUAAGACACUUAUCAAAUCCGAGGAGCAGCAGCAGCUGGACCUGGUGGCACUUCCCACACCCGAAUCAACACCCAUGCAGCUCCGCCGCAAGCCCAGCCGUGCCAGCCGGGAUUGGGAGAGGAACCAGAACCUAAUCAAUGCCUGCGCCAAAGAGCUGGUCUCCAUGGGCUCACCUAAUGUCCUGAUAGGCACUGAUCUGCCACUGAGGGCGUCUCCAGGCCACAUCCCCAGUGUGGUGGUGCUACCUUUACAACAGCACCAGCAUCAGCAGGUCUACCAGCACCAGCAUGAGUAUGUAGAGCAGCCACAUCGCACAGAUUUGCCUGAUGAUCAAGCAGCUACGCUGGAGUACAAAGCAAUGAAGAGCCCAUGCCACAAUGUAAUGGUGGAUUCAGAUGGGCUGCCACCCCGCGUGCCCCAGAGAGAGGCCUCAUUAGCAGCUGUGGUACCCCCAGCUGUUCCUCAGAUGGGCAAGAGGCUAGAUAUGUACUGUCGCGGAUACCCAAUGGGCCUGAAGAAGCAGCAGCACAACACCAAUUCAUCCAACUCGUCUCACCUGUCAAGGAAGCGCAGCUUUAGCCGUGCCGAGACACCACCCCCGGCUCCACAGAGGCUUGACUCCAUGCACGUUUCUUCUCCUUCAGGCCUUUCACGUCACUCCAGCAUGAGCUCAUACGGCUCGUUGCCUCGCUGCAGCUCCAGGCACCGCAAACCAGAUGUCCCACCCAAACCUUCACAGUUUGCCCUCUCUGGGAAAGUUAAGUGCAGCGACUCGGGGACAUAAUCAGCGCAACUUGGACAGGGGAACAUGAAAUCUGUGUUGUACAGCUGUGUACAGGAAAUGCUCACUGUUUUUUAAGAAAACACACAAAAAAACAUUUUUCACAUAAAUGUACGUGUUUAACUCAGGCUGUUGAUUCCCUCAUGGUAAAAGAUGUAAACACCUGCUACCGAAAAGAGAGGGACUCUCAAAUCUCUUGUCACUGAGCCAGAUUUUGCUAUUUAGCUCAGUUUUUUUUUUAAGACGACAUUAUGUCAGGCUGGGGACACGACCAUGUCGCAACUGGUGUUUUCUUUACAGCCUGCCAAAAGCACAUUAUGGAUCACAGAGAGGAGUGUAAUUGCAUAGUUCUAAAGCUGGGAUAUACCCUAGUUAGAAAAAAAAAACAACAUAUGGACAACAGCGAUCUCAGCCGGGAACAACAGCUGGUUUACAAAGGAAAACUGUGAAGUAAGAUUAAAAAACGAUGAAAUGCCUCUCUCAGUGUUGCAGCUACUGGACACAGCAAUCAAGUUCUGCCUUUAGCGAGGUCUGAAGAAUUGUCUACUGUAACAGGUGACUGAAUAACCCGUGACUGUUAGUACUAAUAGCUGGUUGUAUUUAUUUUUAAUAAAGUGCUUUCGAAGAAAGACUGACUCUUUUUAGACUCAGAGAGAGAGAGAACUUUUUAAUUUUUAAUUAAUUAUGUAAAAUUAUUUAAAGUCAUUCAACUGGAGCCAGUACAACUCAUUGAAGCAAAGUCCUCUAAACUUUUUUGGAUGUUUCUAAGUGAGCUAUGGAGGGAAUUAAGGCAUCCAAGGAGCUAUUUAUUGAACUUUGCCAGAGGAGUUCGAGAACGUUUAAGAUCAAGCAUCACACCAAGAUGAAUCUCCCUUUGUGAAAAAAAAUACAUUGAAGAGGAGAGAAAAUAAAACAAUCCUCAAACUGGAACUCCGUAAACACACCUUCACUUCUCCAUGUGCAUCCUCAUUCAGCACUGUGGAUUGUGUCAGCAACCUCUAAUCCUAAUGGCCAUAGCUUCACUGAGUGCCAUUCUGGUUCACUUUUUGCAUGAAAGCGUGCAAAGACUGAGCCAAGGAAGAAAAAAAAAUCCCCAUAUUAUUUGCAACACAAAUGGAUUUCAUUUCAUUUGGCAGGUAUUAAAAGGUAUCAUUUCCUAGUCUCAUCUUCACACAGACCCUCUUAUUGAAUUACAUGUUUGAUAGCCUGUUUUUUUGUUGUUUGUUUCUUCCAUGUGUAAAUUUGUGCCUUACACCCCUGAGUAGUGAAGAGUUUGUUAGCUGUUAACUGUUACAUAGUAGUCCUUAUGAUUAUGUAUUUUCCUUGUUUGAUAAAAAAAAAAGCAACUAAAGAAUGUAGGUAUUCUUGUUGUUCAUUCUGGUCACUUGGGAAAUAUCGGGUGGGCGGGGCUAACCACACAGCAUAUUUUGUGAUUGAUUUCUAAUUGUGCCAAUGAAACACUUGAAAGCAGCCCUUUUGUUGUGCUAGCAGUGCUGUCAGUGUUGUUGUUUUUGUUUUGGGUUUUUCUGUUGUUGUUGUUUUGUUUUUGUUUUUUCCAGGGGCUGAUGAUGUUCUUACUUUUGUUUCACACUUUGCAGAUUAACUGUAUAUUCCUGGGAAAGUCUCCUUAGUUCUGGCUGGUACAAUGUAAUUAAAUGGCUACUUGGCUAAAUAGCUCAAAUUCAGCUUCUUAGCGUCUAAUGUCUCCCACCAAAUGACACUAAGCUCUUAAUAUACAUGUUGAAAUCGAGUUUUUAGGCAGGAAAUACAGGCUGGCUCCUGUGAAAAGAAAAGCACUUGAAUAAUAUUAGGGAACAAUUUAAUGCUUUUGAUGUUUAUGACAGAUGCCAACUAAUAUAAUUUCCUAACUAUAGGAUUAUUAUGUACAAUGAGGGUUUUAAUCAGCAGAUUUGAGUAUAUAACUACUUCCCUGAAACAUUUUAUAGCUCAAAUUUUCCACAAACGAUCAACACACUCACCUAGUCUAGUCUCUGUAGACUGGCGUAGAUUGGAGAUUACUACAUUCCUUCCGAUAUGGAAGUCACUCAUCAGUUAGAGUGAAGGGUAGCAGGAUUUGCUCCUUCCUCUCCUCUACUGUUAUGUUACUUGGACUAACAUGUACAUAGGUUCAGACUGCACUGGCCGUCUGGGAUCAGAUUAGGAGUAGUGAAGGGCCACUCAGACUCACUCACUCAUUGUCUGAGUAAUGUAUCUUGGCCUGUGGUUUUUGAUGCUGAUUGUGGACAGUGGGCUCUUUGGUGUGCCUUUUGUUUUUCACCCUGUCUGCUACACACUGCUAGAGGUGAACAGAGCUGGACAUUCCAAAAUCGCUUGAAAUUUAUAUGCCUGUAAGAUAUUGUUCUGUCACAAGGGUUUUUUCCUUGUCCUUCUCCAACCUCCUUAACAUCUGAUUCAUAAGUAAAUGUAUGUUGUAAAGACAUUCUCUUUAAUAAAUGAAAAAAAAGCUAAUAAAAACAUUUAAAAUUCUUGUCACAAAAAAACUCUCCUUUUUUUAUUUGUUAAAUCCUUUCCAUAAUUGUACACUCACUGCACACCCACUUUAAUAGGAACACAUGUAAACCUGCUCAAUCAUGCAUCAGCCAAUCAUGUGGCAGCAGUGCAAUGCAUGCAGUCAUGCAGUUACAGGUCAAGAGCUUUAGUUAGUUAGUUAAUGGGGAAAAAGUUGUGAUCUCAGUUAUUAUGACUGUGGCAUGAUUGUUGGUGCCAGGUGAGCUGGUUUGAGUAUUUCAGAAACUGCUGAUCUCCUGGGACUUUCACGCACAGUAAUCUUUAUAAUUUACCCAGAAUGGUGCAAAGAACAAAAUAAUACACAACAUAUCAGAACAAGGUGGAAGACUACAACAGCAGAACAACACAUCAGGCUCCACUCAGGUUCCAGAACAGGAAUCUGAGGCUACAGUGGGUAUGAUGAUUUGGAGAACAUUGACUGAUGUGAAUAUUAACUGAAGCUCAUGACCUGUAUCUGCAUGAUUUUAUGCAUUGUGCACUGCUCACAUGAUUGACUAAUUGGAUAAUUGCACGACUGAUGAUUGCUGGUGUACAGGUGUUCCUAAUAAAGUGGACAAUGAAUGCAUACAGUAAUUAUGCCAUCACAUUUGUUCCAUACUUAUGAAUGAAGGUAAUGUGUUUCUGAUAUAAACACUCAGAAAUAUUCGUAAAUGAUAUGUGCAGUAGUGUGCAAAAUUCUUACAUUUUGCCUUAAAUGUUAAGUAUUAGAAGGACAGCAGAAAAGAGCAAAUUUUAGAUUUGAGACAGAAAAUUUUCUGACAGGCCAUAUGAAAAAAAAAUCAUCAGGGUUGUCUGGGCCCUGCAGACUGAAGCAAGUGAGAUGGUCAAAAGUCUGCAGAAGAGCCAUGGAAGGUUAUCCAAGAAGUUCACAUUUGUGGUCCCAACAAAAAUUAAUUUCAUUUUGUUUUUGCUUUUUACUGAUCUUUUAUUUUUUUCAUUUCACUAUUUUUGCUUUACAGAAUUUCUUUACCUAUGCAUUGUACUGUAUAAUUUCAUUUAAAAAUAUGAUUUCAAGGAACCAAUGAUCAAAACUGAAUUAGGUUCAAAGUUAGGUAUAUCCUACAAACCACUGAUAACAGCUUGUUUUGGCAGAUUCUUUGCAUGAGCUGUAGAUAAGAAAGCACACGCUUAUCUAAACAUGCGAAUACAAACACCUUUACACAAAAGCUUGCUUUACACCAUUCAUUAGUAAUUUGUCAUGUCUUCUGCCAUGAAAAAGCAAGAUGAUAAGGAUCAGUCUGGAGCCUUCAGCAGACACAGUGAAGUGAGUCGUCUGAGACGGUGCUAAAACACAGCAGAGGUGAGGCAGCAGUGUGGAUAUAGAGUUUCAGGAGAAAUGAACUACUCAUGCUCAACUGUUUGUUCUCCUUGGUCUUUUUGUCAAUUAAGUGAUAAAACCACAGUGUUAGAAUACAUUAUGUCUAUAGCAGGCUUAUACAAUGACAUAUUGUUGCUUAAGAAAUUCCAGUGGAAUUAACCAGAAGUGAAAACUGGAACAUGAAUGCAUAAAUUCUUAGCUAUAAUAUAAUAUUUACUAACUGUUAAACAGGAGUAGCAAAGUUACUCACUCAGGUUAAUGUACAAUUACUCAUUUAAAUAAAUACUCUGGUAAAAGUUAAAACACAGCUUCAAAUUCUUCACUCAAUUUAAAUUAGCUAAUUAUAAACCCUUAAAUUUAUGAAAAGUAUGUUAAGUAAAAAGAAAAAGACAUCU